CAGCAGUCAUUAAUUGUCACUAAAUAAAGCUAAGGUUUGUUUAUCAGAACAUGGGCAUCUUUUUCUCCAACCUAUUCUCUCGUCUCGUGAAGAAGAAAGAAAUUAGGUUGCUUAUGGUUGGUCUGGAUGCAGCAGGGAAAACAACAGUGCUCUACAAACUCAAACUCGGUGAAGUUGUCACAACUAUUCCAACUAUUGGUUUUAAUGUGGAGACAGUUGAAUAUAAAAACAUCUCCUUCACGGUUUGGGAUGUUGGUAGUCAGAGUUUGAUUCGAGGCCUCUGGAGACAUUACUAUCACAACACCCAGGGCCUGAUCUUUGUGGUGGACAGCAGUGAUCAUGACCGGAUUGAAACAGCAGCAGAGGAACUGAAGGCGAUGCUGGCGGAGGACGAGAUGAGAGACGCGGUUCUGUUAGUUCUUGCUAACAAGCAGGAUUUACCCAAAGCCAUGCCGGUCCACGAGCUGACAGACAGACUGGGUUUACACGCACUGAGAGGACGACAGUGGUUUGUUCAGGCCACAUGUGCGGUUCAAGGGUCAGGUUUAUAUGAAGGACUGGACUGGCUCUCAGAUCAACUGUCCAGACGAUAAAACACUGCAGCGUUCAGACUACUUGAAGAAUGGACACUAAAUCAGAACUGAAUGUAUAUAUUAUCUCCAACUUUAUUUUGAAAUAUUUAUGGAAUAAUAUUCUUCUACAUCUUCAUGUAUAAUUCUAUCUCAGUACU